ACAUCUUUACUCUCUGCCUGGCUGGGUUCUACUUGGUAAGUUUCAGCUGUUAGUUUAUCACUUACCAUAGUUUAAUAUGCUCAUGACGAACGCAGCUCGUGACGGCGUGUAAGUUCAACCAAUUUCGUUUUAUCAAUUCUGUUUAAUCGCUUCCAAAUUUACUGAAUAAUAGAUCUACUCGGCCGAACUAUGUCGUCUGGUUUCGAUUUCGUGAAUUCCAAACGUGGAAGUAUUGUAGAAAGCAAAUUAUCUUGGUUGAAGCUCGCUUAUUUCCUGGGUGACCUCAAACAAACUGAUGUUUUGGUUUCGUUCGGAAGGUGUAAUCGUUUUACUUCUUUUGAAGCUUACAGAUUGUAAGAAUAGCUAUAAAACCUAGUUCUCAACUUUCCCUCUCGAGAUAAGCGGCGUUGGCUAUAAAUGUGCUUGUUUGAAGAUGGCGAUGCAAACAGUCAGAUAAGGGUCUACUCUAUUCGUGAUCUUUGUAUUCUUUCUGAUACUUUAUUACUUUUGUUAGAUCACGUAAAUUGUUGUACUGGUGUUGAUUUUCUACUAUUAUAAUAACAAUGAUAAAGGGGUUUCGGUUUUUGUAGCGAGUGAAAGUUUGUCCGAAAGCAGAUUCCUUUUAAAUUUAGUCUUCACUCGUUGCUUUAUAAUUGUAUUGCUACAUGGAAGAGAAUCGCCGAAGACGUCAAUCCACCAGAUCAAGUUUCUCGUAGCCAAUAUGUUAAAGAACAACAACCCGCGGUCAAAGGUGGUUGUGUCAUAGGACCUGGCAACGAAGUGUUACUUCAACGCGUGUGGUUUUCGGUUAGACUACUGGUAUCGCACGGCCGCAAACCGGGAUGUUACGUGCGAGCCGAAGGAGGCGAGUUCACACGCUCUAUAGUUCCCUUUCAGAAUGAACUUCCUUAGUUCGCUCUCUCGAGUCAUCUACAUGACAAAAUGAAUAAGCCAAGGACUGCCAGCAGUCUACUUUCAUUUUUUUCUUCUCUGUGAGCAGCUCUAAAUAUGAAAAUUAAAACGUCUUAUAUGGCGAUGACGACAAAUGUUAUACUGCAUAGUCAACUAGUUAAUUACGCGAAGGCCUCAAGUAAUUAUAUUAAAACAGUUGACUUAGCCACACGGAAAUACCUCGUCAUGCUUCCACGGCAACGGCUUCUAUACAAGCAGCUGCUAAUUUGUUGGUUUAUUCUUAAUUUCUCUCCUGUUUUAAUUCUUGUUAAUCUCUUUUAUUUCUUUCCCUCUUAGAUCAUUUUUUUUUUACAUCAGUCCAACCAUGAUUUGUGUUGUUGUUGUUGUUCUUUCAGUUAAAAUGAUAAUUUAUUGCUGUAAAUACCAGGAAUAAUUGCUUUUGAUGGGUUAUCUAUUUUUAUUUCAUUAAUUGUUCCUUUAGGAAGUUCUGCUUGAGUCGAUUAGCGUUUUCGUCUUCUCCUGAAAUGGUUUCGUUUUGACAGGUAGGGAAAUAGAACAUAUGUAGUAACAUUUGAAGCGUAAGGACAGUGUGCUGUUUUGACAAGUUUUAAAACUGAUGUUACAUCUAACUAUUAAUACCAAGUAUUUCCAAACUGUGAUAUUCGGCCAUAUACAACAUAUAUUUGGAUGAAUGUCAAAUAUGUGGAAAUUUAUCUACUUUUAACUGAGUUAAGAACAAAAAGGCGGGUUAUAGUUAUUUGUAGCUCGUGCAGUCCGAUACUGUUUUUACGUCAACAAUAUCGUCUCGAGUUAGUUGCCGUUCAGACCGUUUCCUGUGACGUCACAUCUUGUGGGUCCCAAUCAGGGUAGCCUGGGGCAGGAACGCGCGACGAAUCCCUAAGAACUCUGCGUGGGAGGCUAAAUCAGGGGCUGACCCAACGACGGUUUCCUCCUAAAGACAUCGAAACACUUUUUAGAUCUCUAGAUUUGCAUUCUAAGCGGCGCUAUAAAAUUGUUAUCUGUUCAUUUCUCCAAGAGGAACUUGAGUCUUCUCAAAAUUACAAGGCCUUAAGUAUCAUUUUUUUCCCGAAAAUUUUAGGUGCAAAUUGACGUAUACGAAAGUAAGACAUUUUCUGAUUCAAAUCUCCAUCGCAUUUUUGAAUCCAAAAAUUUAUCGGUUUCCUUGUUUCUACAAAAAAAGAAAAAAGACUAACUUGGGAAGUUAAAUGUGAAAACUGUAAUAUUUGGCCAUGUACAACAUAUAUUUGGAUGAAUAUCAAAUAUAUGGAAAUAUAACUACUUUUAACUGAGCUCAGAACAAAAAAGCGGGUUGUAGUUAUCUGUAGCUCAUACAGUCCGAUACUGUUUUUACGUCAACAAUAUCGUCUUGAGUUAGUUGCCGUUCAGACCGUUUCCUGUGACAUCACAUCGUCUGGGUCCCAAUCAGACCCCUAGGAACGUCUGCGUGGGAGGCUAAAUCAGGGGCUGACCCAACGACGGUGUCCUCCUGAAGACAUUGAAAACACUUUAUAGGCUACCAGAGUAGUUUUAGAUCUCUAGAAUUGCAUUCUAAGCGGCGCUAUAAAAUUGUUAUCUGUUUCUUCAAGGGAAACUUGAGUCUUUUUAAAAUUACAAGGCCUUAAUUAUUAUUUUCGCGAAAAUUUUACGUGCAAAUUGACGUAUACGAAAGUGAGACAUUUUCUGAUUCAAAUCUCCAUCGCAUUUUUGACGUCGCAUUUUUGAAUCCAACAAUUUAUCGGUUUCCUUUUUUCAACAAAAAAAGAGAAAAAAGACUAACUUAGGAAGUUAAAUGUGAAAAUUAAACUUCAGGAAAUCUUAGGGAAUAUAUAUUAGAUAAGCUUCGAAAAUUGUACGUGAAUGGAACGAUCGUGAACAAAUUGUUUGCCGUCCUCAAGCAAUGGAAAUUCUAGGCAAUAUUUGGUUCUCCGAACUGAUAUUUUACAGAAAACAGUCUAUGGGUGCCCUUGAGCAAUACGACAGAAGCCGAUUACGAUGGUCCCAAACUAUUCUUGGGUGGUUAAUUCCUUUUCUUGUCUAAACGCUUUUUUUAUUCCAAUAAUUUUUCAUAGCCACUGGCCACCUAAGUUAAACGCUUUAUUCACAGGAGUCUGUUGAAUAGUUGGAUCCCAAGAUUACCGAACAGAUAGUGUCGUUAACCCUUACUCCUCCCUCGUCCUUUUCCAAUUCAGUCUUUUUCGUAUCUCCCUUUAAAGUACCUCUAAGUCGUUGUAAUGUUGAAGAGGCACUUUAAUCUACGUAAACGUGGUAAAACAUGUACACUGUACGAGGAUUGAAUGGAAUCCAAAGGUACUACUGAAUUACUAACCUCAAAGGCCUGUGAAGGAGGACCGUGACUAUAUUAACUUCCUGUCUUCAAUUCUUUUGUCGGUUGUAUCACUCCAGGUUCUUAUGGCUUACUGAUAAUAACCUCCUCGCAUAAAUCCUUCUUUUUUAACAAAAAACUGACGAGGGAAACGGUUAUGAAGGAAUAAGAUUACGAGGAAUGUUCAAUAUUUUGUUCCUUUUUUUUUAGGUUUAACUGUGACCUGAUUGUUUGAUUGCUAUGGAGUUUUGCUGGUUUGCAAUCUGUACCAUAUUGGCGUUCAUACCAUGGAUAUCAGCAGAAGAAAAGCUGUUGUAUCAAACACGAAAUGAAAAUAAUUGGGGAGGCUGGAUUGCUAACACUAAUGGAAAGUCUUCGUUGAAUGUAAUUAAACUAGUUUUGUUGUUGUUUUCCUCAGUAUCCAGAUUAUAAGCAUCCCAUUUGUCAAAGAGCAGCUUUCUUAUGGUGUUCAGGGUGCAUCAUAGUUGACUCUCCCUCACUCUCAAAGGACACCACCGUAAGACGGGCACCUCUCUCAAAGUACAACUGACUCUUAAGUAAUGUUUUCUGUCCGUAUGCCCGUGUUAUUUUACACUCCUGAGUUUCGUACUUCUAAUCUGCAUGUGCUGGGCACCAUACUGUUGUUGUUCAUUAGUCAGAGGUUGACUUCUCGUAACUUAGUAUUACAGUAUAUUUUUUAUUUUCAUUUGCUGACUAACAAGUUUGUCUCUUUCUUUGUUUAUUUUUAGUGGAAUUACGUUCCUGUGUCCAAUCAUUAUACAUUGUGUAGUUCGUUUCUCCAAGAACCGAAAAAUUGGUUACGAAGUACAGUUAUUGAUGUUCACAGCAUUGACAGAGUGAGCGUUUCCGUCAGAUACACACUAAAUCCCUUUUGCUCCAGUCAUCCCAACACGUUUUGUACCGACAAUAUUCGAGUCUUUGUAUGGGAAUCCGAUUUAAAGGUCACAUCUGAUUUGGUACCGGAUCCCCUGAUCAGCAACAGUUCUUACAGAGAAUUUGCUACUAUCCGCCGUCAGGGUAGCGGCCAAACCAUCUCUUUAGCACUUCAGCUAACAAAGGGAUAUAUUGUUCUUGGAUUUCUCGAUCAAGGUGGCUGCAAAAUUUUGUCUUCCGUCAGGAUUACCUAUAACAUUUGUCCCGAAACAACACUCCACGACAGUUUGGUCAAAUUGCGGGAAACAGUAGCUCCAUCAAGUGUCUUUGAGUCCAUCCUAGUGGGAGGAACAUGUACUGUAGACUCGUUCCAUGUUCAAGGAAGUUUGAAUGUUACGUGUGAAAGCAGUGGUCAGUGGAAUGUCAGUCAGUUUGAAGGGAAAUGCGUCUGCAACGAAGACAAGGAAAAUGUUAAAGGGACAUGUACAGGUAUGUCAAGUUAUGGAUAUGGUAAUAACUCCCUUUCAUAUUGGUCUUACCUGCUAGUUACUUGUGAUAUCGGGUAGUUAUAGGAUGAUGGACAUAUCUUACCCCGUCGUAGACGUAAUCUAUCUAACUCUGGUUAGUAACGGAGAAUCGUUUCGAAUUUCCCUUCAAGCUGAUUGGAGAGGCUAAUCAUGUAAGGCGCGUACCCAAAUCCUGGUUCAACAGCUGGGGGCCCAGAAUGAGGAUUUUGGCCCUGUUUCGAGGACAUACUUAACUAGAACUUACCACCAAUAUUCAUGGGUGUCUCAUGGAAAUUUGAGCGUGCCUCCAAAAUUGAAGCUUUUGCGCUCUUAAAUUUAAAGCGGUCCUCGUUUGGACUGUUUAGUGGACAAGAAAAUCGGAGGGAAAAUAGGUAAUGGCUCAUUCUAUUCCAACUGUACCCCCCCACCCCCCUCCCGGUGAUUUGUCGGGCAGUUGUCAUCUUGUCUGUCCCGGUGGUGGGGAUUUGUCAGAAAACCUCUGCCUGGGGGUGGGGCGUUCGUCAAUUCUUCUAGAGGCGGUUAACGUCGUUCCUUUUUCAAUAUUUCACUAAAAAAAUAUAUAUCUAUUUAGGUAGCUUUACAAAGAAUAUUUUUAAUACCUAUGCUUUAAAACGAUAUGCGUGUUUUUCGCUCCAUCACAAAUUCUCUAACUCACAGUUAUUUUGCAUCCAGGAAAUUGCUUCCCCCAAUCGUGAUCUGCUGGCCAUGGAGGAAAAACAAUUAAUGUAUUGUUUGAAAAGUUUAAAGGAAAAUACAUUUUUUUUGUGCGUGAAUUUUCGAGGCAGAAAGGGCUAGAAACAGAGGAGAUAUUUGAAAGCUAAUACAAACUUCCUGUAUUGUACGAUCAAUGCGACAAUUCAACGGUUCCAUGGUGAUGAGAUAAUACUCAUGUAAAGGGCGUCGGUAGAUUUUUAAUCAUUCACCGUAUAUUAAACGUCUUCGAAACUAAGCAAGGUAUUAUUAAAAUUAUAUUUAUAAUUCUGUCAUUGAGUAUUAAUCAGAUCAAUGUGAUCUUUUUUGCAAUAAUUAUAACUAGCGGCUAGGAACUAUUUGAUUAGGGUACUUCACGCGCGAGUUUGAUCAGAUUAUUACAGAUAAUUUUCCAUAAAUAUGGUCUUUGCAGCUUAUUUACUGGAAAAUGCAAUUUUGUGUUUUUCCGGGGUAGGGCAUUUGUACCGUAUUUGUAAGCCCCACCGUGGGGUGUUCGUAAAUGUAUGAGCGCCCGGCCCCACCAUGGGGCAUUAGCAGCUUUUCCAAGACAAAAUGAUAAAUGCCCGACAAAUGCCUGGAGGGAGUUGGGGGGGGGGGUGAGAGGGGGGGUGGUGGGGUGAGGGGGAGGUAUGGGCACGCCCGAGCCAUAGACUUAAAAAGAGGUAUAAGCUCUUAUAAACACUUAUCAAGAACGCAAACUAGAGCGUAAAUCUGUAGUCGACUUUGAAACAAACUUUACCAAACUGUUUAUGCGGUUUUGGAGGCAAGAGUAUUAAAAGAGAUUGCCCCGCGACCGGUUACUGUAAAAGUAACGGAUAGCCUACGUUGUAGCCAGCCCACGGUGUGAAAUGUCAGCGAUGUAGCGACGUAGCAGGCAAAGGUUUAAGGUUAUAAUACAGUCGAACUUCCACGUGCGAUCACCUGCCGCAGGCGACCACCUUCCCAAAACACCAAAAAUGUCAUUAGUCAAAGCCAUACUGCAACCUCUCGUAAACGCGCGACCACCUCCCAUAAGCGACCGCGACCACUUUUUCGGCUGACAGUUUUAGAAUUUUCUUUUGCUUUCAACCUCCGCUAAUCGACCACUGGACACAUGGUCUUACUAAACAGUGAAGUACAUUGUAAAAAUGGACGAAAAGGUAUUUAUUCUUUUGCUGUCAUAAUUGUCUACACAUCUAUGACUGUGUUUAUUAGUUCGAUCUAUAACUACAGUUUUAACCAUUACCCGUAAGAAGGAGUUAUAUUUCCAGGUUUUAGUUUAAGAAGAUGAGUUUUUGUUCUUCAGAUGUUUUAGAAGUCACGUUCACAAGUAACAUUUUUCAACCACAAAUUUAUAAUGCGCGUAAUUAAUUGCACUUCCGUGUAUGGACUGUCACAUAGUAUAGCUGAAUGAUUGUGUCAAUAAAACUACCAGUAAUUGGCAGGGGAAAGUGAACUUCCAUUAUUUUUUAAAAUACCACUCCAUUCUAGGUUGACUUAAAAAUUCCGCUCUUGCGGUCCGAUUCUCGUAAGCGACCACCAAGCCUUUGCAUUUUGGGCGGUCGCUUACGGGAGGUUCGACUGUAUGUAUGUAAACAUCCUUUUAAAUUAUAAUUACUAUUUUCCCUUUAUUUCAGCUUGUUCCCAGGGAACUUACAACGACGCAAAGGGGCUUAACUGUACCGGUGUGUAAUCAGUUAUUUUUCUCAUUUUUUUAUGGGCACUCUUCUUUCUGCUAUGAUUUAUUCGAAUGUGAUUCCGAAAUCUUACUUGUCAUUCAACAUUUACGGCAAUGAUCAAUUGAUUAAUCAAUCAAUCAACAACAACAACAACAACACUUUAUUUCAGUCAUUCAAUCAACCAACCAACCAACCAACUCAGUAACCAACCAAUGAAUCGACUGAUGCGUAUACAAUUAGUCCAUUAAAAAAGUUAAUCAAUUGACUCACUCAUGUCAAUAGUUUCGUACAAGUAAGAGGCGAAUCCUAAGAAUGAGCAAAAGAUUAGAGUUAUAAAUAAAAUAAGACAUUUUUUAACUUAAUUAUUGGCGGAAUAAAAUCUCUUUAUUGUGUUUUUUUCUUUUCUUAUUUAGCCAUCCCAUCGCACCCGAGAAAUGUUGUUACACUUUUUGUUAACCAAAGUUCAGCUACGAUGAACUGGCAGCCUCCCAAGAUAACUGGUGACCAGGUAUUCUACGAAGUUAAAUGUCAACGCACUUGCGAAAUUGAUGGCAAGGACUGCACUGAAGAAAUCUGUGGUGGUGAUAACAAUGCAGGUGUCGUAUUUAUGAACAAAAGUUACGCCACUACAGUGACGAUUCCGGGGACAAUGGGUUUGCUUUCCCCGUUUGUAAAUUACACUUGCAAGAUCGUGGCCAAGAACAGAGUCAGUGAGGUAGCCGCAAGAAAACACAAGGUCGAAGCAAGGAGCACCACAAUAACAUUCAAAACAAACGGAUCUGGUAAUUCAAUGACUUUGUUUAAUUUUGAUAAGACAAAAUCUGUAGGUUAUUAGUGUAACUGUCACGUCUUUUCUUUCAUGACUGUUAAUUGGUUGUAAGGAGAAUAAUUAAAGAUCAGAGUUAUUCUGAACGUUCGUAUGGGUAUACAGUGCAGGCCUAGCGCAAAUUAAUGGGGAACGUCUUUCCACUGGCAAACAUUAGUCUCUUCGUAACAUAGAAGACACCUUGUAAGGCUCUCCGACGGUAUUCCAGUGCUGGGCAGGCAGACUACCGGCUGUUGUACCCGGGGUAUACGAUGCGAUCGAAUCCACUUGCUUCCUCAUUUUGUUGACUUUACUUUUUUUUCCCUUAAACCUAAACGAUUAUUUUUAAUUCAAAGUGUAGAAAUAUGUUAAGGUUUAACCAUUCUUGUUGAUUGGCGUUUUUUAACUUUAAAAUGAAAAAUGGAAUCUUAGUCUCCUCUCCUAGAGUAUGCAUAUUGAAAGUGGAGGGAUGGGCUCUUAUGAUGUUACUAACGCGGGAUUCACUUGGAAAAGAUACAAAACAUCUCUCGUUGCUUCUCUAAGCCUCGUUUCUUCUUCUUUUUUUGUGAUGUCGCCUGUUUACAACUAUCCAUACUUACGUUUUUCGCGACAGUUCCUGGCAUACCGGAAGUGUCUGUUCAGCAAGCCGAAGAUGGUGCUAUCGUAUUGUCAUGGAAACUAAAAUGCAAAAAUGGCAUAAUAGAAAAAUACAUGGUGACGUACUUUGACGUGCAUGAUACUUCUGACCAUGAGAGUUUGACAACCCCAGAGACAGAACAAUGGAUUCAAAAAUUAAGUGUCGGAAAAACGUACCAGUUCCAGGUAAGUUGUUUUCUUUCUAACCAUCGUGCUGUAACAGAACCUGGAAAUGAUUUACUGAAUAUGACUAUUGAUUUAUUGACGAACUGACAUCAUCAUCAUCAGCAGCAGCAGCAGUAGCAGCAGUAACACCAGCAUCAAUAUCCCUUUUAUACAUAUUGCGGCUGUCAAGCUUUGAACCAGCGACAUCGCGCUUGGCAGAUUGACGCUUAUCCAAUUGAGCUAAUACGGGCGGUGUUGGGUUGACCAUCUGACUGGUUAUUUAUUUCAGGCUUUGACAGCCGUUUAACUUUUUAGGGCCUGGUUACUGUCUGGAUAAGCGAUGGUGGCUAUGUUCUUAUAAAGGCACGUCAAGUCAACCAAAUGUCUCAGCUGUUUGCUUAUUUUCAUUUUUGUAGGUAACUGCCGUCAACAACUUCGGACAAGGGCCACCUGGCGUAAAGAGAUUUACAAUCCCAAACAAUUUGUCUGGUAAUGUUAAUUGUUCAACUUCUGUUGCACUGAGAUUGAAUCUGCUCAACUCACUUAGGGUUUGGCGUUUGUCGAGGCUCGGGCCAAUCAGUGGAGGUCUGCUCUUACCUAUAAAGAGGAAAUAAAAACGGAAAUAUCCCCCAGUUAUAGUAUUGCCGGUUUUAGCAUUUCAAUUGUAACUGUGCAGAGUCUCUUGUACCUCUCUGUUCUGGGGGUACGUUGAUGAAAGUGCUAACUUCUACUAAUCAAUGUCGUCAACUCUUUAAAUAUUUUAGGAAGUAGUUUAUCAACCAAGGACAAAAUGGUGAUUAUUGGCGCCGCAGGAGGAGGAGGCUUGCUGUUACUUAUCCUCAUUAUCGUCAUCGUUGUCGUCUUUCGCUUCAGAAGGUACUAAGUUUGUUGAUACUUUCUAUAAGAAAUUUGUAAAGAUAAAUCUCUGAUUUUCCUUACUUCUUAGAACUUAACGUGAAGUCACAUGAUUACUGGAGUGUUACGGAAGCUUCUAUAUGCCUGUCACUCGCAUUGCCUAUCACUCAUUGGUCCAGUAGAUUCUGUGGAAUGAAAUUCUAUGGUUUCACUAACUGCAAUGAUACCUCUUCAGCAGCAUUUCCACAUGACCCUAUUUAUUUAUAGAUUUAUUUAUUUACAUUUUACUGUUUAUUUAUGUGCUAUGUGUUUUUACCUCUUUUUUUCCAUGGUGUGACCAUUAAAUUGAAACCUCUACGGACUCAGUUGCAUCGUGCCGCUUUUUUCGCUUAUUCUGCUGGGAGAAAUUUAAGAUUUUUAUUGAACGUUUUACUCAUGGUUAAAUUGUUUUAUGGGUGACGAUGGAAGGAAAGUCCUUUUAAUGUUCAGCUUCUUGUUAUUUCAGGGGCAGUCGAAGAAAUGUAGAGAAGGAAUAUAUGCGUACUAUAGAGCAAGGUAUGAACAAAUUAAAUAGUUUCCCUUCCCCACGCGUUACAUCUUACUCAGUAGGGAGAUUCAAGAUUAAGAUUAACGUUUACGCCAAACGGCAAACGUCAGAUUCAAGUUGAGAAUUUCUCAGAAUAGAAAAUAAGGAGAUGAAAACUAUCCAGAACAAUUCUUAUGUAUAAAAGUGGCGUGAAACUACUUAUUUUUUAGUUGAAGUAAUAAACAGUUAACGAUAAUUACGGGAAAAACUUGGUCACGUGGUUCAAAUUCUCGUUUGCCGUUUGGCGUAAACGUGAACCUUUACCUCUCUACUCUAGUUAUUAAGUUUCACGUAUAUGGCAAACGGCAAAGCGUCAGAAUCAAGUUGAGAAUUUUUCAAAAUAGAAAAUGAGCAGAUAAAAACAGCUCAAAACAAUCCUUAUGGAUUAAAAAAAAUGAACGGCAAACGAUGAAGUAGUAAGUGAACAGUAAACGGCAAGUAAAGGGGAAAGUUGGUCACGUGGUACAAAUUCGCGUUUGCCGUUUGACGUAAACGUGAUGCUUAACCUCUCUAAUUACUCUUACUCAGCUACUUAAAUCAACUUCCGUUGCAACAGGAACUGAUCUACAAGCAAUGGAUCAGCGACGUUAUAUCGACCCAGGAAACUACCUUGAUCUAAUGGAAUUGCUGUCAACGUUUACAACAGAAAUCGAAAGAAGUAAAACAAAGCUCGAUAGACUUAUUGGGCAAGGUAAGAAUUUUUUUUUCUGCAUUUUGGAUGAGAUUUUUUCUUGUUAGUUUGUUUCUUUCUUUGUUUCGUACCCUAUGAUCGGAAGCUACAUAUAAAAAUUGCAUCAAAAUGUGAUCUGCAAGAAGGUUAAAAAAUCCGGCGAGUUAAUGCUUUCUUCCGUCUUUGUCCUGCAUCUUGCUAGUGAGUGGACCAUAUGGAUGUAAUAGUCUUGUGAAGCUGGUGCUCUUGCUUCAUAAAGCCGAUUUUACUUUUUGCUUGACUGGUGGUUAGUUUUCUCGCCUCCGAUCUUCUUCAAUUUCUUACAGAAAUUUAUUCUGAGAUAGUGAUAUGAUGUCAUACGUGUAUCUCUUUCCUCUAAACACUCUAUUCUAUUGUGAAUUUGCCUUUAGUGCCUCAGUACGUGACUCCUGCUUGCGCGACCCCUUCACUGACCGUUAGCUGGAUUUUAUUCAGUCGAAUUUAGUCUCAUGCAAGCUCAAUUUCUCGACCGCCCUCGUAAAUAACCAGCUCAGUACGGAACUUAAAGAUUGUUACGUCGUUCAAUAUGAAACACCUGUUGCCAAAAUGUUCUUUAUCAUUAUUCUUGGAAAGUCCCUUAAUAAUAGUUACGUAUUUACUUAUUGUUUGUUUCUUUUCUCUUGCUAGGGGAAUUUGCUGAUGUCUACAAGGGAACACUGCAAACUCCGAAAGGGAAAGAAAUCGUGGCAAUCAAAGUUUUGAGAGUGAGUAUAACAUUGGGCUAUUACUUUCUUGCCCAGAAAUUUAUGCAUGCCAUUGAUUGUGAGUACCUGUUUGACCCACAUUUGUCUAAUGUUUAGUUAAGCAAAUCAAAAGCGCCUAUUCCAAGGCCUUGCCAUUCUCGAAUUUUUACUUCCCUAGUUGAUUUUCAGUUUAAGGUACUAUUUUUUUGUGUGUGCGUUUAGCCCGGCUCAAAUGAGAAGAACCAGAAAGAUUUCCUGUCAGAAGCAUCUAUCAUGGGCCAGUUUGAUCACCCAAAUGUGAUUGCGCUGAAAGGAGUUGUUACACAAAGUAAGUCUGCACUGAUUUCCAGGCAACAGUGAAUGAUUUGGAGGGGCACUGAACAUUUGGGGAAAAGCCAAGAAAUUUUUAUUUCUUUCUUUCUGUGUGACGUUUUGCGCGGCGUGCCCCUCAGGGCCCCCCCUGUGCUGUACUUUUAGGAAAAUGUUCUUCUGCUACAGUUUAAGACGGAAUCCACCAGGACAUUGAGUAAUUUUGAUUUUCUUUGGACAAUAAUGUAAAGCAUAAUGUCUUCUUUCUUACAUUUUUCAAAGGCUAAAGAUGUAAUAAAUCAUCUGUAGUAAUACGAAAAAAUUUCCUGAGGGAGAACGAGAAAAUGAAUGUCAAAUUUCGCAAAAUUGCAUCUUACACAUGAAAUUUUUAGAAUUUCACCUCUAUAACCACAAUUCUUGUGAAAUGUGACAUUUAUUUUCUCGGACUUCCAUGAAAAAUUUCCUUCGGUGUUACUACAGAUGAUUUAUUACAUCUUUAGCCCUUGAAAAAUGUUAAAAAAAAAAAAUGUAGUAUGCUUUAUAUUAUUCUGGUACAAGAUGGUUUUCCACCGAAAACUAAAAUUACUCAAUUUCCUGAUGGAUUCCGUCUUAACCGAUUAACCCUUCAGGCGUAAUAUUCCCAUAAAAAGUCUCUACAAUGAUCUCCAUAGAUUCCUUAAAGAAUGAUUGAGAGAAUUUAAUAAAUUCUCAAACGUUUCUUUUGGUUUGAUCAUUAUCUGAUUCUCAUAACGUUUCUUUUAACGUUGUGACACGCUGUUGAUAUUAUCUGGAUAAAAUUGAUGUUACCCAAUUCUUAAGAGUUAAAAAUUUAACGUUGGGCACACGGCUUUACUUUUCUUUUCUUUUUUUUUUUUUAAAGUUGCUGAGAUACUAUGCUCCAUUAGCUAGCCAAAAACAACAGCAACAACCAUCUAAGAGCGUAUAAUAAGGCUAUCAACCACAAGCAGUUAACCUCUUUAAGAUGCUUCCUUCAUUCUCAUUUUAGGUAGACCAAUGAUGAUCCUAACAGAGUUUCUCGAGAGUGGUUCAUUGGACAAUUUUUUAAAAGUACGUUUUAUGACUAGUAUGUUCAUAAUUUCCGUGAAUUGACGUUAACUCGAAAGGACACCGCAUUUUAAAGCUGCGUUAUAGCGAAGGCAAAACUCGUUUGCCUGUAUUCAAUAAAUAUAUUUAUUCAUCUAUUUUUGAUUAUGAAAUGCUUCAAAUUGUUCCUUUGACUUUACUUUUUUUUUAAGAGUCCUUUGAAUUUUGUUUUAUUAUCAGAUUUUCUCUCAAAUUGUUACAGACUAGUAUUGCAAUUAUUAAAUAUGUUGCAUCUUUAUUUGUCCAUAGGGUCGCAAUGGCCAAAUUGCCGCUAUUCAGUUGUUGGGAAUGGCUAGAGGCGUGGCAAAUGGAAUGGUCUAUCUUUCAGAGAUGAACUUUAUUCACCGGGUAGGCAAUUGAAACUAACGCAAAUCCUUUACAUGUGGAAACUUUCCUGCGCGGUAGAAGAACGGACAAUUAUUAGAUAACCAGCUGAAUGACGGAUGCAGGGACAUCCCUGCUCUGUUAUUUGAUCUACAUGAAGAUGGCCGGGUCUCAACGUUAGGCUUGUCAGCAAAAUGGAAAUGGAAUAAGGUUAAGCGUUGCGUCAUCGUCCUCAGUUACUUCAAAACCUUCGAUAUUGGACUCGCCCGAGGGCAGAGAUCCCCCGGUAUCCCGCCCUGCAGACCAGCCCAAUACCAUCAGAGAAAACCCUGCCAUGGUUACCAAUUUGCAAAGCGACUGGAAAGCAGUCGUAUAGACCACAUUUCCCUUUCGCCAAGACCAUUUCCUCCCGAUAUUUUUUCUGCUUUAGGCCAAACCGUAAUAAAUGAUGGGUUCUCUUCUUAACUUAUGUGUUAUAAAGCAGCUAUAGUUACAUAUUUUCACCCACUUGUCUUUCGUGCUGAUUUCUUUUACACCAGGACCUCGCCGCUCGUAACAUUCUUGUUGGUGAGAACAUGUCUUGUAAAGUAUCUGAUUUUGGCCUUUCAAGGGAACUGGCUGAUGACAAACCUGAUUCAGAAUAUGAGACACAGGUAAAACAACUUGAUCUUCGUUUUGUGUUUCGCGGACUUUAGCAGCCUUUAGAUUCUUUGCUGGAUCUUUAACAUUUUCACUCCCAGAGUACAUUUCGUAAGAAAGCGGUUCUCACCUUUUAGUUUCUAAAUAAAAUCCAGCGGUAUUAUAUUUUAAAUGAACUUUUUUUCGGCAUUUAACAAAAUGAAUUUUGGAGGUAUCGAAUGCUAAGCUUAUUUGUAAAUUGCCAUAAAAUGACUGUGCGGAUUCCAUUUCUUUUAGGGAGGCAAAAUUCCCGUGCGCUGGACCGCACCGGAAGCUCUUCAGCACCGGAAGUUCAGCUCAGCAAGUGAUGUAUGGAGUUAUGGUAUCCUUCUUUGGGAGAUAAUGUCAUUCGCCGAGAGACCAUACUGGGACUGGAACAACUAUGAUGUGAGUGUCAAAUGAGAUUAAGGGUUUCACUUUAAGAUGGGACAAAUUGAUUGGAUUUCCAUGACAGGAAACCCAAGUCAUUUGAUCUACUUCGUUACAAUAAUUUUUGACAGACAACCGGUUCAGUUCAACCUCUAAUCCUGUCUGACAAAACUUCUUUACUAUUUUUACUGAUAACCCUUCAUUAUAACCCCUUCAACUCAUCUAAACGUCAGCCUAAUAAAUAGUCUCCAUACUCUUGUAUGGUACUGGGUCGCUUGAGUGCUGAAGCAUAAACUUUUUUAAUUGUCUUGGGUUUGAAAGUAAUAUAUAUUUUUUAUUAAUAUAUUAUUAUUAUUAUUAUUAUUAUUAUUAUUAUUAUUAUUAUUAUUAUUAUUAUUGUCAUUAUCAUCAUUAUCAUUAUUAUAUUUAUUACUAUUACUAUUAUUUUUUUUUUCGUUUUCGUUUGUUUGUUUCUUUGGACUGAAGGUAUGGGCCAUGUUUACUUAGGAUUGCUUUUAUAAUGAAGAAAAUGAUUCUUGUCGUUGACUCUCCUGAUUGGUGAUAUUACUGUAAUAAACCAACAGUGUUUGCCUUAUUUACAAGAAUUUUUUUUUCUUUUUUUUAAUUGGAGAAAUGCCAUCUUUCCUAUCCCGGUGGAGAAAAAAAUAAAACCCAUCCGAACUUUUUUGGUUUGCUUUUACUUUCACAAAGGUGAUUGGCCGAGUGGAAACGGGAUAUCGCCUUCCACCUCCCACGGUAAGUUUUGUUGGGGUUGUUGUUGCUUAGUUACGGUAUGUACCUGUUUUUACCGGACAUGGACUUAUGGAAAUAUCAAUUGUCAGGCGAAUAUUUGUUUACAUUUUGUGCCUUAUUAGCAUAUGCCAUUUCUUCUCUGAUGGAACUAUGGAAGAAACUCUCUGAAUAUCGAAAGAGCAUAACAAUUUCAGUUAUCUGUGAAAAUCUGAGGCCGAUAUACCGAAUAGUUUCGUUUUUGCCACUCAGCAAUUUUGCAGUUUUUGAUGGCUGCUGUUUUACAAUGAUAAUUAUGAUAAUAAUUAUUAUUAUUAUUUAUUUGUUAUUGCUUGCAAAGCAUUGCACAAAUUUCUCAAAUAAACCAACUCUUUCAACUUAAUGAAUAUAUAUUUUUGGUGCAUACGGCGACACCUUUUAUGGGUCAGCUCAUAUGCUAAUGGGGAAAACAAUGACGUCAGCAAAGAUUCGUCUAUUCGUUGGUGACUGGAAAUUUUUACUUCCCACCAAAAAUGUAAAGGCAUGAUUGCACUCAGCAAAACUUGUCACAAGCAAUUGCCAACUUAAAUGUUCUGCCAAGCAAAUUAAUAAUAACCACUGUUUGAACGUAACAAUAUUCCGAAUAAAAUCUGCUAACACUGACAAAGAGAAUGCCGAUCGACGCACAAUCAUAUUCAAAGUCUUUAUUCGCCAUUUUUGUUUUUUCGUGUUAUUAAAUCGCUACUCAAUUCACAAGUGAACUGAAUCAAUCCAGUGGUGAGUAUUAAUAUUAGAAUUAAGACAGGUCAAUCCUAAUCAUUUGAAUAACUCAAAUUUUUCAGAGCGGUUCGAGUUAGUAGUGGUUUUAUAUAUAAGAGCCUAAAAUAUUGGAAUUGUUUUUAAAAUUAUACUGUGAUAUUGGAAUUGGCAUGAUUGUUAUGUUGCUACAAUAUAAUUGUAAGGAAUUUAAAGAUAUUAACCAGAGUACACAAGCAUGUACUGCUCGGAAAAAAUUCGAGUUCCCCAGCAAGAAUCGAUGGAAAGUUCCUUGACUAACGGCAGGCCUAUGCCCUAUCAUGAUUAUAGUCACUCGCCCAUAAUUCAGUGAAUACUUAGAGCGUCCAACUGGUGAUUGAAAGGUCGUGUAUUGGAUUCUUUUGCUUGUUCUAAUUCCAGCAACAACUACAAAAUAACAAUAACUUAAAAUGCUAUGUCUUGUUUUCUAGUUGUAAAUUUCUUUUUCAUAUUUGUUGUUGUUGUUGUUACUUAGGGUUGUCCAAAAGUUGUCCACGGAUUAAUGCUGGAAUGUUGGGAAGCCGACAAGAACAAGAGACCCAAAUUUGCAGAAAUCGUCCGUCGCUUGGAUGAAUUGUUCCGUUUCCCUGAAGUUUUGAAUGAUGACUUAUUGGCUGUGAAAGCAACGUAAGUUGUUUCUUAAAACAAGUAGUUUAAUUUAAUCUAUGUUAUUAGAUUUUUUGAAAGUAAAUUGCAGUAUUCAACAUGUAGAACUAGACAUACAAAGUGUUCUUACACAAUUGGCCAGCAUCUAUGCAAGAUUAUUAGUAAGAACCAUAGAAGGCUUUUACACAGGACUGCUUUGGGACAAUAAUGUGACCGUCGUUUUAUAGUGUUAAGACUGGGACGUCAUCCGUAGCCAAGGCACAUAAAAAGUAGUUCCACAACUUAUAAACCAUGGAGAUUAACCAGAAAAGUAAUUGAAGCCUAUGUACUGUGUUCUUUCAGGUCAGAAAAACCUGAUGUUCCACAGUUCCGGUCUGUUCACGAGUGGCUGAAAUUCAUCAACAUGGACAAGUAUUCAGAAGUUUUCAAAGCUGCAAAUAUCAAGAGCCUCCAAAAAGUUAUUCGGCUGGACGAUACGAAAUUAAAAGGCAUGGGAAUUACCCUGAUUGGGCAUAGGAAUAAGAUGCUCAAGAGCAUAAGAUCCAUGAAAUCACAAUUUGUUAACAGGGCACUGGACGACGAUGAAGCUGCAAUAUAGUGGUGCUUGUUAUUUGUAGGUUUUAAAGGGGCUAUGUCGUGGGGAUAUUGCUGCUUUAGGUCAAUUCCGUACUGACGUCAAUGCUUAGUGCCUUUAACCCACACACAAAAUGCCCCUGGGGAGUUAUGAAGAAGAUAUAAAACAAUACUUUUCUGUAAUUUUUGCAGAUGUAGUAUUAACCCUUUCACUGCCAGAUUUAACUAAAAGCAAUUUUCGACCAAAUUUCGAAAUUUCAUUUUGUGAAAUUUGGAGAAACAAAUAGCACCAUGUGUAAGUACAGGCAGAGAGGUUUCAUUUGAAUGGUCACCUCAUAGGAUUUGGACCGCAGACUCAAAUGUUAGAGUAACCUUACAAAACUCUAUCAAGCACUCUGGCAGUGAAAGGGUGGAAAAACUGGCCCAACUUUUUUUUAAGUUUCAGCCAUAUCCAUCCUUGGCAUCCGUUGUAACAGACGACAGGAAAAAGUUUGAAUGUCUAAAUAUCGGUUAAAUAACAAAAUUGUGUCAUUAUUUUUGGAAUACAAUUGACGCAAAGAAAGUUUUAGCUUUUUAAAAAGAAAGCAAUUAGCGUGACAUAGCCCCUUUAAGGUGAUAUUACAAGGGACGAUUCGCAACGAUUUUUAGCGCAACACAGCGUUGCAAUGCUGGAACAAUGUUGUAACUAUUCAAAACAAUGUCGGAACAAUGCUGUAGGGCUUUGUUCUGCUGAAAUCGUCGUUGCGAAUCGUCUUGUGUAACAUCACCUUAAAUUGGUAGAACUCUGUUCUACAAUGAAGCAUGUUCUCAGUAGAUCCAAUACCUUAACUCGUGAAGUCCCAAUACCCACACAUAAAUUCUCCACACUUAUCCCCAUACCGGCAUUUCUUUAAAGAAUAAGUUGAGAGAAUGCGAUGAAAAAUCAAAGCAUUUUCUUUGGCAAUCAUUUUAUUAAUUCCUCAUAAGCGUUUCCAUUGAUUAUUUAUUGAUUUUUAGGAGAAUUUUGAUGUUUUGAUUUUUGCGUUAAGGGCGAGGUCCCCUUUCGGAAGGUGUCCGCCUACGGGAACUAUCCGCUAGCCGAGGCUCGACUGCAUAAAGCGGGCACCCUCUCAUGGACACAAGAGUCAAUGAGUUCCAAACAAUAUUCAGUAGACACCUCAAUUUACGGUGUACUUGUGACAGUUUCUUUUUUCCCCAAUAAGUACGGCUUAUUCUCGGAAUUUUUAAAUUGUUUUCUUUUUUUUUAAUGUUCAAAAUCGAACGAAAUCUUCUUUAGUUUGGUAACUCUAAGCCGUUGUGAAAAUAUGAAAAUGACAUUGAUGUCUUUGCGAAAAAAAAAUAUAUAUCAUUAGCAAUUUUAGACUUAUCGACGAACGGCAAUCGUUUUGUCCGAGGCUUUUUUUAAUCCUGAAAAGAAAAGUAGUCAAAGGGAAAAGUCAUGAGCUGUUAUAUUAUUGCGUUUCUCUUUCUGGCUCCAUUUUAAUUUUAAGUUUUUAUUUCUCUUUUGUUUGCUUUGGUUUAUAGUAUCAGAUUUCUUAUUUUGUAACUUCUUAAGAUUUUAGAGUAUGCAAGAUGUUUUAAAUUUGUUGUAAAAAGUCAAAACUAUCCUCUCUCUUCUUAGCCAAGCUAGAGACUCAGACCUUUGCGUAAUAGUUUCCAAUUUUCAAUUUAUUUACACAAAUGAAAGAAGAUAUUUUUAAGCAUUUUACAUAGAAAUGUGCAUUUUUUA